AUGAUUAUUGCUUAUGCUCAUUUUGGUGAUGUCAUUACUUUCGACACCACAUACAGUACUAAUAAAGAAUAUAGGCCUUUUGGGGUAUUUUCUGGGUUUAAUCAUCACAGAGAGACAGUACUAUUUGGGGCUGCACUCCUUUAUGAUGAGACAGCUGAAUCUUUUAAGUGGUUGUUCCAGACAUUCUUAGAAGCACAUAAACAAAAAAAGCCAAAGACUAUAUUUACAGACCAAGAUCCUGCAAUGGCAAAGGCAUUGGCCGAGGUGCUUCCAGAUACGUUUCAUGGAUUAUGUAGUUGGCAUAUAAUGCAAAAUGGAAUCAAGCAUUUGGGAUACCUGAUGAAGGAUGGCUCAUUUUUUCUUACAGAUUUUGCAGCAUGCAUGUAUGAGCACGAGGAAGAGAAAGAAUUUGAAGAUGCUUGGAAUGCUAUGCUAUGUAAAUAUAAUGUUUGCAGCAAUCCAUGGUUGGAAAAGAUAUAUGAAAUUAAGGAGAAAUGGGCUAAAUGUUACAUGAAAGAGGUAUUUACAAUUGGUAUGCGAAGUACACAGCUUAGUGAAAGCCUGAACAGUGAUUUAAAAGCUUACUUAAAGUCAGACAUGGAUAUCAUGCGUUUUUUUAAACAGUUUGAAAGGGUCGCUAAUGAAAAGCACUAUAAGGAGCUAGAAGCUGAGUAUAAUUCUAGGCAAAAGUUACCGAGAGUGAAGGUACAAAAAUCACCUGUACUACAACAAGCAGCGAAAAUCUACACUCCAUCAAUCUUUGAAAAGUAUUUCCAAGAAGAAUUUGAUUGGUCUUCAGCAGCUAAUAUAAAACAGCGUGAGAAAUCUACUCAUACACAUGAGUAUACGAUUGCCAUUGUAGAUGAAAAAAGAGAGCAUAAGGAGCAUAAGGUGAAAUUUCAAACUUCAGACCAAAGUGUCUUCUGCAGUUGCAUGAAAUUUCAGAGUUUUGGAAUUUUGUGUUGUCAUGCUCUGAAAGUUCUUGAUGUAUGGGAUAUUAAAAGAAUUCCUGAUCAAUAUAUUCUUAAGAGGUGGACUAGGGAGGCAAGAAAUGAGGCUGUUGCAAGCAUGAAUGAAGCCAAAGUAAUGGAAGAUAAGAAAUUGACUAUAGCUGAGCGAUAUAGAAUAGCUUGCCCUAUAUUAGUUGAUAUUGCAUCUCGAGCAUCUGGAGAUGAAAAAGCCUUUGAAUUGGUUGAAGACAUCUUCUUGGAUAACUCAACAACGAGUAUUGAUGAACUGCAUAAUUCUUUGCAAGGUGGGGAUGAGAGGAUGGUUCAAGAAAGUCAAAUUGAAAGCUUACUUCAGAAGGCAAAAGGUUUGAAGAAGAAAAACAAUUGUAAAGGUCGCAAAAAAUGCCCUAAGGCUUGGCAUGAGAAUAUAGGCAAGGGAAAGAAAAAAUCUUCUAGGAAAGAUAAUUCAAUUCAAGAAUCAGAUAAGGGUCAAGAAGUUGAACCAUCGAAAAAGAAAAAUGAGAAAUCAUCUGAUAAAGAUCAAUCAGUACCACAACAAUCUCAGGAUCAAGAAGCUCAACCAUCAAGAAAGAGGAACAAGAAAUUGUCUAGUAAGGAUCAAUCAAUACCUCAACAAUCCCAGUCAUAUGUUACUGUCAAUCCUCUUUCUUUUGACAUAGAAGCUGAUGAACUUAAAGGUGACAUUCUAGAAGAUUAUGAAAUUGGUACCAAGUUCCGUGACAAGAUCAUUCCGCAUGCUACAUCGCUUUUUGUACCCUUGUCUACAUUUUCACAUAAGGAUGACAGUGAUUAUGGUGAUGAUGAUAUCGAUUCUGAUAACGAUAAAUAG